AUGGGACAGGCCGGCGCGCCGCGAAGGGCUCCCGCAUCCCACCCCCCAGCCCCAGCCCCAGGCAGUUCGGGCGAGUGGUGCGGACGGCGGUCGGUGCGGGACGUGCAGAGUCCGGUGCAGGCGUCCAUCCCCGAAGGCCGCACCGACUGCCCACAUCGGCCCGAGGCGCCGGCGAUGCUGCUGCUGCCUCCCCGCACCCGGACCGCACCCGGACCGCACCCCGGACCCACGGCGGACACCGCACCUGGACCACAUCCCGGAGCGCACCCGGACCCGCACCUAGACCACAUCACGGACCCGCACCCCGGACCCACGGCGGACACCGCACCUGGACCACAUCCCGGAACGCACCCGGACCCGCACCCCGGACCCGCGGCGGACACCGCACCUGGACCACAUCCCGGAGCGCACCCGGACCCGCACCUAGACCACAUCACGGACCCGCACCCCGGACCCACGGCGGACACCGCACCUGGACCACAUCCCGGAACGCACCCGGACCCGCACCCCGGACCCACGGCGGACACCGCACCUGGACCACAUCCCGGAGCGCACCCGGACCCGCGGCGGACACCGCGCACGCCCGUCCCCUCCAGCAGCCCUGGCCCACCCACGCAGCCCGCACCCACCUCCGGCGCGGGAGAGGCGCCCUUGGCCGGCAGCGCGCAGCCCAGGAGCUCGGCCAGGAACUUUGCCAUAGACGAGCGCGGGGCUCCCUCCGCAGCGCCCGAGGCGGCCCCGCCCAGUGCGGGAGCAGAAGCUGGAGCAGGAGCGGGGGCGGUGGCCCGGGCCGGGGACUGGGAGGCGCGGCCGGGGGCGCCGGGGCCGGGACAAGCACACCUGCCACCGAACUAG